AUGCAGCCCUUCUUCAUCCCCACAACCUACUUCAACUCGCACCCCGACACCUGGUCCCUGAGGGGCUUCUUCGCCGCAUCGACAACACCCCCCGCAGAGCUGGAGGGCCUCCGCCUCCAGCACGUGGUCGACGUCUAUGUCCGUACGCUCUCUGAAAUUGCCUCAGGGAGUCUCGAUGGCCAGGCUGGAGGCGCGGCUGCGGAGGCCGCCGAAAGGAGGAGGGAGUGCGCAUCUUUGCUGCUCACGGCUUAUAAACAGGGGACCGACCAUGCUCUUGCGCGAGCUCUAUGGGCGGACUACACGGCCACCACCACCACCGGUGGUGCAGCCGCAAGCGAGACAGCGGGAGAGAAGCAGAAGAGGAAGAAGCCAAAGAAGACAGCCAAGAAGCGUCCUGCGCGCGACCUACCAGAACCACCCCCGCCGCUACCGCCCUCGUAUGCAGAAGCUGCCGAGUCCUCCGCCGAUGACAUCGAGGUACUGCCUGAGGUCUCUUCGAAGCGGCGGAGGGUAGCCUCCAAGUCGUACCUGGCCGAGUUCGAGUCUUUUUAUGCAGCCAUGGAUCCGUUGCGGAAAUGGACAUUGACAACCGGCAAGGUGGUCGAAGACGCCAUCUACGAUGCCAUUACUACCGCCGCGGUGGAGAGUGAAUGGAUGAAGAUGUGGAUCAUUGAUGCCUCUGACCCGGCGAUGUCUGUAGUAUUCUCGAAAGAGGAGAUCAUUGAGCUGCUGGAAGGGCGGACAGACAGGGCGGAUGGCGUAGGAGACGUGUGGGAUCGCUACAGCGCCAUUACCACAACCAAGGAAUUACGGAAUACACUGUUUGGGGAGCUCCCAAGGCAGGGCGUAAAAGAGGAGUGGGUUUACGGCGUGAUGCGGCAGCUGCUAGCGCUCUACGAAAACACAUCAGCGCCGCUCAAGAGCGCACAGCUCGAGAGCUGGUACGAGAUCAAUCUUUGGGGGCCGCUGAUCGACGCUCUGUUGCUGCGGGCAGUGCCAGACGUGGUCGUGCUGCGGAAAGAGUCGACCUCCCACGCAGCAACAGUGUCUCUGAAUGCGGCGCGCACUACUACCGGCCCGGGGAGUUAUGUGAGGACAGGGGCCCGUAGCGAUUUGGUGAUCCGUGGGGUGGGUGUGGAUUGGCCGCUGGAGUAUGGUGCGGGCGAGACAGGAGGGAGAUUUGCCGGCAUAGGGGCGACCAAGUAUAUCGUCGAUGGAAUGAAGUUGAGGGCCACUAUGAGAGGGAUGUUGAGCAGGUUGGUGGACGAGGGGAAGGCGGGGAAUGAGGUGGCGGUGGUCGGGGUCCUGUGUUCAGGACUGCGGCUCACGCUGCUGGAGAUGUGGGCGCCUGUGGGGAGGUAUAUGGGAGUAGUGAGGACGGUAGGCCCAGUGGGGGUGCCGGAUGAUGUGAGGAAGUUACCGAGAAUUGGGGCGCUGCUGGCGGCGCUAUGGGUUAUGAAGGAAACUGUUGAGGGAUGUGUUAAGAUUAUGGAUGAGUGUUAA